AUGGAUUUCGCAGAUAUCGACGACAACAUCGAAAAGACCAUCAAGGGCACCGUCGAGAAGCGGAACGCAGCGCCACUACCUACGCCCGAGGAGGCCCGCAAGAUAGCCAUCCAUCAUGCGACGCUCCUCCAGCACAGGAAGGACCUAGAGGCUCGGAUCCUCGACAGCGUCAUCGAGCUCUCCGAGUACCCCCGCGACCGGUCGCCACAGUUCUCGGCCGCCAACCCCGCGCCCUCAGACGCCGAGGAGUUCAAGCAGCAAGUCCGCCUCUUCCAGCCGUCAGAUCACAAGGACCUCGUCGAGGAGCGCAACGUGAACGGGCUCUGCGGCUACACGCUGUGUCCCAAGCCGCACCGCGACACCGGCCCGGGGGGGAAGUGGACGAUCCGCAGCGGCGCGAUCCUCGAGCGCAGAAACAUCGAGAUGUGGUGCUCCGAGCAGUGCGCCAAACGCGCCAUGUACGUCCAGGUGCAACUUAGCGAGACUGCAGCCUGGGAGAGAGUUGGCAACGACAAGAUCCGGAUCGACUUGCUGGACGAGCCCAAGGCAGCCGACGGAAAGCAGGAGCGCGAUGCGCAGGACCAAGUUAAGCUACCGUCCAAAGACCCGGUGGAUGCGGUUCGCGAAGCCGCGGUAUUGGCCCUGGAGCGUGGUGAACAGCUGCCAUUGUCCGCCACCGACAAGGUCAAGGUCGAUAUCCAGGAGAAGGAGACCAAGGCCCCGACGAAUACCAUCAUUACCGGCGACAAAGAUAGCCACCUCAGCGUGGAGGGGUAUGUCAGCCGGCUACCAUAUCGGCCCAAGCCACAGACUUGA